ACUCCCCCCUCGACUUUCUGAGUGACAUUCCCAAAGUUUUGACUUUUGCGGCAAAAGCAAGUAGAAAGUGAUGAAAAUGUUUUAUUACAGUCAGGACCUCCGUGUGCAGUGGCCAAAAAAGGAUUUUCUUUUAUUUAUAGAGGUUUAAGCGUUUUAAAACACCUGCCUUUACCUUUGAAGUAAGGAAGCAAGGAGCGUUGGAUAUGUCUUCAAGUCGAAAGCCGUGAGCGCAAGUAUUACCCGAUUAAAGAAAGAAGAGAUCGGACUCCGUCACUUGUAGGGAUGCCUAAAAAAGUCGUGGUUACAACAAAUACUGGACUUCUGGGACGUGAAAAAAACACGGGAGGAAUUUGUUUUUUAAUUUAGACUUAAACGUGUUUUAAGCUACAUGAGAAGGUUUGGAUUUUUUUUUGCUCCAAGUUGAAACAGUACUUGACAUUCAGAUUAUGCUCUCUGUAUAUUGCCUGAUAUAUAUUUAUUCGUGAAGGACCAUUUAACUUGAAUAUAUACAUAAUUAUUGCUGUUGAAUUAGUACAGGAAUAGGUAAUUUUUAAAUUUAAUUUCGACCUGAGUUUUAAAUAUUUUUUCGGUUAUGUUAGCCGUGGGGCAGAUGGAUGGCACCCGUCAGAGCGCUUUCCUCUUGAGUACCCCUCCUUUAGCAGCUCUGCAUAGCAUGACCGAAAUGAAGACCCCACUUUACCCCGCUUAUCCGCUGACAUCCAACGGACCUGCCUCAUCGCCCUCCCCGUCUGCCACCUCCCCGAACCCGGGAGGCAUCCCCGUGUCUUCCCCGGGGAUCAAAUCUUCAGCUGCACUCUCUUCUCUCGGAUCACCCCAGCAGUAUUCGGUCGCCACCCCCCACGGAAUAAACGACAUCCUCAGCCGUCCCUCGAUCGUCUGUAGCGGAGCUGCAGGGGCUGCGGCUGCGGCGGCCGCGACAUCCUCCGCCGGGAUUCUCACAGGACUGCCCCGGUUCAGCAGCCUGAGCCCCCCACCGCCUCCUGGACUAUACUUCAGCCCCAGUGCCGCGGCCGCAGUGGCGGUGGCUCGCUAUCCCAAACCCUUAACAGAUCUCCCGGGCAGAACCCCUAUAUUUUGGCCGGGGGUCAUGCAGAGCGCACCUUGGAGGGAUGCCAGAUUUGCUUGCUCACCUCAUCAGAGUUCUGUACUGCUUGACAAAGACGGAAAGAGAAAGCACACAAGACCCACGUUUUCCGGCCAGCAAAUUUUUGCACUAGAAAAGACUUUCGAACAAACGAAAUAUUUAGCUGGGCCUGAGAGAGCGAGGCUGGCCUAUUCAUUGGGGAUGACAGAAAGUCAAGUGAAGGUUUGGUUCCAAAACAGGAGGACGAAGUGGAGGAAAAGACACGCGGCAGAGAUGGCCACGGCGAAGAAGAAGCAGGACUCGGAAACAGAGAGACUGAAGGGAGCCUCGGAAAACGAGGACGAUGAUGACGAAUAUAACAAGCCCUUAGAUCCCAACUCAGACGACGAAAAAAUAACUCAGUUACUUAAAAAACACAAACCUAACCCUUCUCUGCACAUCCACACGUCCGAAAACGAGAGUUCGUAGAACGAAAAAAGUAGAAUAUAAUUUUUAAGACAAGGAAACCUAGCACUAAACUGUUGUUCUGAGCAGCGGCCUAUUUUCUUCAAAUCAAGAUGAGUACAGUAUUUUUAUUGUGUUUGACGAACAGGAGGAAGAAGGACUUUAAUACAUUGGGAAGAAGCUUUACAUGAUUUAGUUCAAUCUCAGAAGCGGUCGCCCGGGAUGGCGAUCCAAGCGUUGUGAUUAUCGCACUGCAGAUAACUGUGGCUGGACUGAGGGACCUGCGGGGAUACUUGUAAAUAACAGCGUGAGUUGUACUAAAUAGAAAUGAUAUUACUGUGAAUAUUUAUGUGUAAAAUAUUUUGUAUAGAACACCACAACGACAAAAUUAUUCUCAUUUAACCGCUUUCUUUCAUGAUCGUUAAAAUUUGUUUUCUGGUGGUUUUGUGAAUUGCGAUGACAACAGGUUUUUAUUGUUUCCUGAACAACUUUUUACCGUAAGAAACGGCAGUUGAAAUAGUCUGAAUUUCAUUAGCCUUUCUUUCUCGGCUGUGGCUUCAACACUUUUAUGACUCCUUCGCUUCCAGUAUAUUGUUCUCUCCACGAAUAGUAUUAAAAUAAUUUAUUAAGAAUUUUAAGAAUAAGAAAUGCCCCACGGGUCUUAAAAAAACGUUAAAGCCCCAUUUAAAACGAAGAAAUAAAGGUUGAAUUACAAAAAAGAAGUUCCGAUUUAACAUGCAAAUAAAGAAAAUAGCUGUGUUUAAAUUAAAAUACAUUUGUAAUAUAAUGAGUAGAAAGUGUUUUGUCUCCCCAGUGUUUACGCUAAUUAAAAUGUUUGGAUUCUAGGAUUUUCACACUUAAUUUAUAUAAUGCUUACGUUUGUAACUGUCCGAAUCUCGCAGAAAAUGUGUAUUGCAGGUUCAUAUGUAUUGCACUUUUAUUAAAAAAAAACAAUAAAA